AUGGCCCACAUGAACAUCAGAAGGAUGCCCCCUUUACCCACCAUACGUCUUCGGGUGUGGCACGUAAGCGACUUUGCGCCUGUUCCUGACGACAGCCUCCACCUCUCCAGGUUCCUGGGAUCAUUUGAUACCGGAUCCUGGCACGUUCAUCCCGCUGAGGUGAUGACUGAGCCUUGCCGCGAUGGCGGCUUUGUGCCAGUUGAGGUUGAUAUAAAGUACCGACCGACCUCACGUUACCACCUCACCGAAGCCUCCACGGAGCUACAUCGUUUUUUCAGAGAUGUCGUCGAAGCACGCGUGGGCGAACUCUUCAAGCGAGCAAAUACCACGGCCGUCCUAGUCCACAUGUAUCCGGUCGGCGAUGAUGUUACAGAGACGUUGAAGCGCAUGUUUCUGCGCGUCAAGUUUCUGCAGCCUUUGAAUAUCCAAAGUGGCAUCUACGCCGAGAGCCAUCGUCUCUUGAACCGCAGUAUGCUGGAAGAAGGGCAAGAUCUCGAGUUGACCAUAAUACAUGGCUGUUCUAACGCUUUGCUCCUAGGGAGACCAGGAAGUUCCGUUGCCAAAGCAUGUUGUAGAGGCUUGGAACAAGUCUUUGACCUCACUCACCGCGGUCCAUCUAAUUUCGAAGAAGAUCCAGAUUUGCGUCGACGGUUUGAAUCGUCAGGAGGCCUUGUCUUGAUUCGAGAGGCGAUUUUGCACUUUUCAGAAUACCAGAAGUCAUCCCAGCUAGUUGUCCGACAUCUCCAGGAGGCCAACAAGACCCGAGUCAAGAAUUCCCAUAGCUUGAUAGCGGGCCUCAGAUCUACUGCUCUCGCCGCCGUCUUCUCUAUGUCCCAGUUGCAAGCUUCUUGUCCUGUUUCCAUGGUCACAGCCUCCUUUUUGAGUGCAUUGGCCGUUGGGGUAGUUGGUAUUCCACGGUUAUUGAAAUGCCACAGAAACGAGAGCGAUGUCGAGAGUUUCGAUGGCGCCAUGAAGGAUUUCCAGAAGACGUUGCGUAUGGCCCAGUUUGGACUUGGUGUCCUCUUUAGUCAUCAGACUUUGGAGGCUCCUUGUUCUUGGCUAGAAGAUGGCAAUGGAGCUGAGGUACUCAAGAGCCUUGGCAUUGAUAUUUCCCAGCUCAAGAACGAAGAGUAUUCUGAGAAGUUUGCUUUGGACAGUCUGGCAAGUUUGAGUGAGGCCUACCAAGAUUUCGAGAAGUUGCGGGAGGACAUCAGACGGCAGGCCGGCCUGAGAGAGUGCACGGAGGCUACGAUGCCUUCAAGCACUCCCAACGGAAAUGGGGAUCCCAUGGAUUGCCAAGAGGAUUGA